ACGUGCACGUGUCUAUGUGUGCGAGCCCACUCAUGGCAGCCGACUAUGACGGCUCGUAGAUUUGACAGCUAGCUCAAUGCGGGUUCAGACGUUUAUUAUACGCCGAUAUAAUUUUCGUGAAAUACUUGACAGUUUUAUAUGUGCGGUAAAGUCGUUAGUGCUGUGACGUAGGGGUUAAUUAGUGUUUUAAUGUUUUCGAUUUUCGCGCGCGUUUUGUUUUUUUUUAAAUUGUGUUAUUGUUGAAUACGUUCAAUUUGUGGAUUGAUUUGUGACAUGUCCGCGACUCAGGAGCAUUUAUGAUGUUCUCAAUUAGACACGGCUCGUUGGGAAUCAGUUCGAGGGGCAACGGGAUGAAUAAAGACACUUGCGUUUUCUUAUUUUCAACUAGACGGAACGAAUGUUGUAUGUUUGUGCGGCCGGAACUAUAAGUGAUGUAAACGGACGAACACAUCAGAAAUUUGAUACUGUAACAAACAUGUCAAGUAUGAGGUGAUAAAUACUGUAAUCUGUGAUCAUAAAUAAAAUUAUUUUUGUAUAGGUCUUCUAUGUGAAUAUCAAAAAUGUGUUUAUAUUAAUUAGUAUCCCGUAAUUAAAUUAUUCGGAUAAUCCAUUGGGAAACUCUAUUUUGUGCGGAGCGUAGAGAUUGGCCGAGAAUCAGAUGAGGAGACACCGUCCGUCAACAACGCGUAAAUCGACAGUGAGUUCACCAAACGUCAUUUAGUGAAUGGAUUCGGAAGUGUUUGUGUUGUGACUGAAUUGUGAUAACGUAGUGUCGGCCCUUGGGGCCGAAAAUCUGCGACGGAAAAUACGGACGUGAGCCGCGCGGGCUGCGGGCCCGCGAUGAGCGCCAACAAUUGCGACAGUAUGACAUAUUUUUCUAACGCUUACAUGCCGGACAUGAGGAACGGAGGCGGUCACGAACAUCAACAGGCGCACGCGCAUUACGGUGCGGUGCCACAACAAGGGCACGAAAUGGAUGGCUGCGAUCAGCAGCUCAGGCCGGCACAGCAUCACUACCCGGCGCAACCUGCGCCUGGAAUGCCCUACCCCAGGUUUCCACCCUACGACAGGCUAGGGUAUUAUCAACAAAUGGAACAAAACGGAUACCGGCCGGACAGCCCUUCUCAAAUGGGGCAUAUGGGUCCUAAAACGGACGGAUAUGGACCUAACGGACACCAACCGGCAACUCCCGCAGUUUACACGUCGUGUAAGCUUCAAGCUGCAGCCGCGACAGGAGGAGCAGUCCCCGGCAGCCCACCCUUAGAACAAGCACAACAAAUGCCCCAUCAUAUGCACCCCCAACAGCAUAUGGUCCAGCACGGAGUACCUCCACACCAACAGCAUCUCAUGUACCCUGUGGACGACAUGCAACAUCAGACGCAGAUGCCCCCUAUGCAUCAACAAUCGAUGCAUGCACAGCAACCUCCUCCGCAGCAGCCCCCGCCUAAUACGAACGCAUCGCUGCCCAGUCCGCUAUACCCAUGGAUGCGAAGUCAAUUUGAGAGGAAGCGGGGUCGACAAACCUACACCCGGUACCAAACCCUGGAGCUGGAGAAGGAGUUCCACUUCAACCGGUACCUGACGCGGAGGAGACGGAUCGAGAUCGCCCACGCGCUCUGCCUCACCGAGAGACAGAUCAAGAUCUGGUUCCAGAACAGACGCAUGAAGUGGAAGAAGGAGAAUAAGACCAAAGGCGAGCCCGGUUCUGGUGACGAGCCGGAUAACAUGAGUCCGCCCACCUCGCCACAGUAAACCUUAGCUUAGUCGGUGCGGUCCAAGUGAACGGUCAAAUUGUUUCAGAUUCGAUGCAGCGAUGCACUGACUUGCAUUGUUCCCCAGCAUUUUGUUUCGUCUUACGUCGAAUUUUACGUUCGAAUGCUUUGAUUAAUAUCUGAAACGUUCGGUCCGAAGGCCGAAGUUACUAGAACAGUUUAAUUUGUAUAAAUUGUAUGUUGGACUUUUCAUAAUAAUUAUUACAUUAUUAUAAACUAAUACGUAAACUAGUGAUUUCGAAUAAAGAGUAAUGAUAGUGUGACGAAGAGAUUUUUACGGUUGUUAAGUAUAAAUUAAUUUAUAGAGCAAUCUCAAUACCAAUAAUUACCAAAAACGCAGUGUUUAAUUAUUAUUACCCUAGUGAACUGCAAUGACUCUUUAUGUGAUUCAAUAGCGACUUUUUAUAUUUUAUCAAGAACACGAAAUUUUAUAAUUUUUCUUCUUUGAAUUUCUCCAUAAUAUAUUUUUUCUUUGUUUAUUUUAACACGUGACGUGGUGUUUAGUUUUGACUAGGAAAUUAAUUUGAUUCUAUUACUAUCCGCAGCAGUCGUAUUGUUAAUUAAGAAUUGAACUAGUGUUUUCUUAUCAACAACCACGCCACAACCUAACGAAGCUUUUAAAUUAUAUUUUCUAUCUCAAAACCAUAAUGACCUCUUAUAUUUAACCAUUGAUAAGAAGGCAAUUAGUAUCCAUAUUGUUAUAAUUUAAUAUAUUUGAUGUUUUAUUUCUAAUUAAGAUUCGAAAUACUAUUCUGUAAAUACACGAUAAUUUUAGAAUUCGUAAUGUACAAUUGUUUUAGUGUGAAUAAUAUUUCUGAGAUUAAUUUGUGGGAUGAGAGUUUAUUUUGUGAAUUUUUCUCUUGGAAUUUUCCUUUUGAAAUUCGGAUCUACGAGUUACUUGUAGCGUGGAUAGGCCAGUUAUACAAGUGCAAUGUAUACGAUUUUUGAUGACACAUAUACGUAAUUAAUUACUGAUAAUAAGCGUAAUAAGGAAUCUAUUAUAAUUGUAAAAUGUUACGAGAAGCUUAAAUAUAGUAAAAAAAAUUUGGCGCAAACAAAAUUUAAUAUUAUUUAGUAUCUCUGGAGAUAUAUCUCUGUCAACGGGGAAAUAAUCCUAUUUUGAAAAAAUGAAAUAUUUUUGAAGUACCCGAAUGAAGUAACCGAAAUUUUGAUCGCUAGUAAGAAAGAGUUACCCUUGCUGUUAGAAAUAUACAGAGCUAGUGUUGUAUGUUUAAUUUCCUUUCUGCGAAUGUAGGUACGGCGACACAGUAUACCAAAGUUAUAGAGAUAAACUGCUAUUCACUGUUUUUUUUUUUUUUGUAUAAAAUUAAACUUUAAAUAGUAACUUCAGGUGUCGAAUAUUCGAUCAAUAAUGCUUAUAUAAAAAGGUAUUUUUAUAAAAUCAUUACAUAAGAAAUUACCCGAUAUACGUAAUAAUAUCGAAACGAUAAUAGUAUUUGUAUUUACUCGUAACUUUAUAAUUUAAAAAACAACUUCAGAGGUGUCAAGGGACACCCGGAUGGAACGAAGUUCCUUUCGA